CUAAAGAGAGAUUGAAUGAUGGAACAGAAGCUGCUGUCGGUAUCUUACAUGCAGAUAAUGAUUAUGUUUCAACGCCAAGUACACCAACCAGUUUAAGCUCAAAUGCUGAUCACCUUUACGUACCAGGACGUAGAAUAAAGUCUGCUCCACCUAUAACUUCAAAAUCUGUUCCACAUGAAAGAGAUAAUCAUGCACGUCCUGUAUUAAGUCUCCAGAUGCCUCCUUCAAUAGUGCAUCGUUCUAAUUUCAGUCCUCCAAAAGAAAAUGGUAUUAAUCAGGAUAUUAUUGUUGAAUUAGAAGGUUCACAAUCUCGUACAGCUCUUCCAUUACCAGAUAAAGUUAGAAUAUGGAUUGCUUAUGUUUGUAGUAUAGGUUCUCUUUUAAUUGUAAUCGCCGUCAUUUUAUAUGAUUUAAUUGAAUUGGCAUUUGGCCGUAAUGUUUUUUAA